AUGGAGUUGGAAAGCAUUCCAAAGUUUCUUGAGAACAAGACUAUUUUAGUCACAGGUGCUACUGGCUUUCUAGCAAAAGCUUUUGUGGAGAAAAUACUGCGAGUGCAACCAGAUAUCAAAAGGCUUUAUCUUCUCAUAAGAGCUUCAGAUCUUGCAUCUGCCACACAACGUUUGCAUAAUGAGGUCAUUGGAAAGGAUUUAUUUAGGGUUGUCCGGGAGAAGUGGGGUCCAAAUCUAGACUCCUUUAUAUCUGAAAAGGUUAUUGCAGUCCCCGGUGACGUCUCUAAUGAAAACUUGGGAGUCAAAGAUUCUGAUCUAAGAAAUAAUAUGUGGAAUGAAAUAGACAUCAUCCUAAAUUCUGCCGCUACCACAACGUUUGAUGAAAGAUACGACGUCGCACUGGGCAUCAAUACCUUUAGCGCUUUGCAUGUCAUGGGCUUUGCCAGGAAUUGUAUCAACUUAAAAGUGCUACUCCAUGUAUCAACCGCCUAUGUGUGUGGCGAAAAGAAGGGGCAAAUACUAGAGAGCCCAUUUGAGAUGGAGGAGACGCUCAAUGGGAGCUCAAGAUUAGAUAUCAAAGCAGAGAAACAACUUGUGGACGAAUACCUAGACAAACUACGAGGACAAGGUGCCACUGACAGAGCCAUCACUUCCACCAUGAAAGAUCUUGGAAUUAAAAGGGCAAGACUAUAUGGAUGGCCAAACACCUAUGUCUACACAAAGGCAAUGGGGGAGAUGCUUUUAGGACGCUUUCGAGAGAACCUGCCUCUUGUUAUCAUACGACCCACCAUGGUAUCCAGUACUUACAAAGAGCCAUUUUCUGGUUGGAUUGAAGGCGUGAGAACCAUUGACGGCGUAGUUUCUGCCUAUGGUAAAGGAAAAUUGCAAUGUUUUCUUGGCCAUCAUGAGACAAUCUUUGAUAUAAUACCGGCAGACAUGGUGGUAAAUUGUAUGAUUGUGGCCAUGGUGGCUUAUGCAAAUCAGUCUUCUGAGAUCAUCCUUCAUGUUGGGUCUUCUUGGAGAAAUCCAAUAAAAUUUUCUAGUUUUAGAAAUGUCGUCGUUCGGUACUUUGCUGAGAAUCCGUUGGUUAGUAAAAAUGGAAAAUCAAUCAGCGUUGGAAAGGUGACAGUUUUGAGCAGUAUGGCUAGUUUUCGUGCGUACAUGGCUAUUCGGUAUAUAAUACCACUCAAGGUAUUUCAAAUAGCGAAUGCUGUGAUUUGCCAGCACUAUCAGGAUUUGAUUAUUGAUCUUAAUCGGAAGAUGAAGUCAGUGAUGCGAUUGGCUGAACUUUAUGAACCAUAUGUGUUUUUUACGAGCAGAUUUGACGACUCCAAUACAGAAAAGCUUCGACUGGCUACAAGUGAGAGUGGUGUUGAUUCACAAUUGUUUGGCUUUGAUCCGAAGUGCAUUGACUGGAAAGACUACCUUAUGAAUACUCAUAUUCCUGGCCUUAGAAAGUAUGCAUUAAAAUUAUAA